AUGAUUAUUAUUAUUUCUGUUUCAGAUAGAUUUCACCAUCAUUCAGUCCACGAAUAACAAUUUCAAUUAGACAUUGAUCCCAAUUAAAAUGUAGAAAAUCUUAAAGUAAAUUACCAAUCGCUUCAAGGUACUCAUAACACUAAGAUUCGUUGAUUUGGGUCCUGAUCAAUUUAACUUGCAAUGUGUUGCUACAAAUUAAGUCCUUUUGAAUGAAACUCCAGUACACACAAUUAUAAAAAAUGAAAUGAACUAAAUUCAUGUACAGAUCGUACCUUUGGCAUCAUCAGUUUGCAAUUUAAUUUGAUC